UCCCAUGGUCAUUGCGCACUUCAUGACACAUCCUAGUCGCGACUAGACCAAGAUGGCUGCUGCAGUCAAGGUGUCGUCACUCUCCAAAGGAUUAAAUCCCAUUUGGGGAGGGGGAUUAAGACAUGCGUUCAAAGUAAUUUCAACAUCUACAAACAGUCACAGAGAAAAGUCAUCUUACACCGGACGGAUCAUUCCUCCACCUGCUAAGUAUGGUGGCCGACAUACUGUUACCCUGAUACCGGGGGAUGGUAUUGGACCCGAGCUGCUCAAUCAUGUUAGAGAGGUCUUCAGGUUCACCUGUGUGCCAGUGGACUUUGAAGUUGUGAAUGUGAACUCCUCACUGAACAGCGAGGAUGACAUACAUAAUGCAAUCACCGCCAUUCGCCGCAAUGGUGUUGCUCUCAAGGGAAACAUAGAGACAAACCAUAUCAUGCCCCCUUCACACAAAUCCAGGAACAACCUUCUACGAACGAGUCUGGACCUGUAUGCCAAUGUGAUGCACUGCCAGUCCCUACCCGGGGUGCAGACCCGUCACAAGAACAUUGACAUCAUCAUCAUCAGGGAGAACACGGAAGGAGAGUACAGCAGCCUGGAGCAUGAGAGUGUAUCUGGGGUGGUGGAAAGUCUGAAGAUCAUCACGCGGCUCAACUCCCUUCGCAUCGCAGAUUACGCCUUCCGCCUGGCCAGAGAAAAAGGCCGUCGCAGGGUCACCGCCGUCCAUAAGGCCAACAUCAUGAAGCUGGGUGACGGCUUAUUCCUGCAGUGCUGCAAGGAAGUAGCCUCAGGCUACCCUGAUAUCACCUUUGACAGCAUGAUUGUGGACAACACCACUAUGCAGCUGGUUUCCAAACCCCAGCAGUUUGAUGUGAUGGUGAUGCCCAACCUGUACGGCAACGUGGUCAGCAAUGUGUGCGCAGGCCUGGUGGGGGGGCCGGGCCUUGUGCCCGGAGCCAACUACGGGCGAGACUAUGCCGUGUUUGAGACGGCUACUAGGAACACAGGGAAAAGUAUUGCUGAUAGGAACAUCGCCAACCCCACCGCCAUGCUUCUGGCCAGCUGCCUUAUGCUCGACCAUCUCAAACUUCAUGAAUAUGCCACGUUAAUUCGAAAUGCAAUCCUCACCACCAUGAACGAGACGAGGCUGCACACGGCGGACAUUGGAGGACAGGGCACAACAUCUGAAGUUGUCCAGUCCAUUAUGAACAUCAUCCAGAGUAGUGGACCACGCACUACAGCUCAGUACUGAAUUCCCUGUGAAUGAACGCCCUGUGCUUAGGUAUCCAGAUGUUUUUGUGUCUCUCCAAACUUUUGAGUUUUGCUAAAAAUAUUACUCUGUGACCUGGAUCAUCUUCUCUUAAUAUGUUUUAGAAAUGUUUCUUGCAUCAGGAGCAGAAAAGUAUCCUUUCUGAAAUGUGUGCUAUGCCAGGAGUAGAGAUUGGGAUCUUUUCAGUCUCACAUACAGAGGCCCUGAGAUGUGCAUCAAUGAAGCCACAACUCUUCUGCUUUUGAGAAGUUUCUUUGUGUUCCUGGGGCAGCAAAGGAAGCUGUAGAUGAAAAUUUGUACCGACAAAGUUGUGUCUUUGUCAGGCGAUGUGCUAUUUGUGACUUCAUUGAAUUCUAUUCUAGAUGACUGUUUUUCCUUUUUGUUUUCUUGAACGGGUCCAGUGUGAUCAUAAAGAUGAGCAAGAUGCCACAAUCAAACACAUUAUCUCUAUUGUCAGUCCCUGGAAUGUUGUACUACUUUCACUUAUGGGAGAGUAACAUUUGCAUGUAUGACUUCACCAAUUGAAUUAAACUUCUCCAUCUUUUGGCUUGUA